AUGGCUUAUUAUCCCCAGCCGAGCCUGGGGGUGGCUAAUCGCUCGGAACAGCACCCGAUCCCCCUGUACGUCGGGGUCAAGGCAGCCCUCAAGCUAUUCAGCGGCGACAACACAUUCGGUGUCGGUGACAUCACUUUAAUCACCGACAUCACCAUCUCCGACUAUUUCAAAAUCCGCCACGCGCGAAACCACUCAACCCCUACGUACCGCCUCCGCCCCUUCGAUUCCAGCCGAGGAGUCUUCGACAUGUACAUCACCCACCCCAGCCCGCAAUACGAGUCUCUACAUCAGGCUCUAUGGGCGCAGAUUUCUCUGCAGAUUUCCGAGAUGGGUUUGGGUGGGAAGUGGAGACGGUUUUGGGCGAUGCCGGAUGGGUUUUUGGAAGGGAAUGGUGGGGAGGAGGAGAUGGAGAUGGAGAUGGAGAUGAUGGGGGGUGGGGAGCCGGAUUAUGCGGGGGGGCCGGAGAGGGAGGGGGAUUUUUUGGGGGGGGGGAGUGAGGAGGAUGGUGGGGAUGGUGAGAAGGAUGAGGAUGGUGAGAAGGAUGAGGAUGUUGAUGAGAAGGAUGAGGAGGUUCAUGAGAAGGAUGAGGAGGUUCAUGAGGAGUAUGAUGGAGAGGCUAAUGGAGAGGGUAGAGAGGACAACGGCGAAGACACUGCUGCUGCUGCUGCUGCUGCUAUUACCUCUGCCGAGAACCCGGAUACCCACGAGGACGAGUCCAACCAGCAGACGGGCAUGAUAGAGCCCGGCAGCUAUAUCAUCAUCGACCCCUAUGCCGACAAGGCGCCGCCCAGCUACAACAACAACAACAAUAGCACUUACAACGACAACGACAACGACAGCGAGGCUAAGCAGAACCCCAACCCCAUUCCCAGCCGCGGCCACAGGUACCAUCGCAACCGACACGGCGACUUAGAGAUGCGCAUCUCCAACUACGACGAGUUCGACACCGACAGCACCGAGGAUAUGCUCAACGACCCCAACAACCGGGCCCCUACGCCCCCACGUGCCCCCCGCGAGUGGCCCCGCGACCGCUGGCGUAAGGUCCCCGUGUGGAUGCUCGACGAGAACCGCAAGCCACUUUCACUCAGCUGGUGCGCCAAAUUCGAAGUCGCAAGUCUCCCUGAUAGUAGCGACAGCGACAGCGACAGCGACAUCAACGACGUCGAUAGUAGCAACAACAGCAACGGCAACAGUAACGUCAAUAGCACCAACAACGGCGGCAAUGGCAUCGACAUCAACACUAACCCGUCUACCGUUUCACCUACACCGUCCACCACCUCCAUGCCCUCACUCGGUCUAGUGAAUGACGAUGACGAGGACAACAACAACGAGGACAACGACCACGACGACAACGACCACGACGACAACGACCAUGACCACAACGACCACAACGACAACGACAAGGUUAACAACAACAACGUCAACCCCUUCGCCGACCUCGAAAAAGCCCUCAUCAAACUCGCCCUCAACCACAACUCCAACCUAAAUCCCAACUUCAACCUCUCCCCCAACCUAACCCCCCCCAUUGCAGGCACAAUCCUCCACACCUCCCUCUGGCCCUCUCUCGUAAUCGAAUGCUCCCGGCACUCUUCGCUCAACAUCCGCGGCAUGCGCCGUGUCAUGAUGAACAGGUGGUUCUGUAUUUCGCGGCAUGCUGUGAAGAUUGUGUUGCUUGUUUGUUUGCGGAAGGAUACUAAAGGGCAGACGCUGGUUGUCGAGCAGUGGGAGGAGAGGUAUGUUUGGCCGGAUCGUGAGGAGGGUGAGGAGGAGGAUGAGGAGGAGGGUGAGGAUGAUGAAAUGGCAGGGUGGCGCCUCCAGCCCGUCCGAAGCGGCGUAGUUACCAUCAAGCUGCGCCUAAACAAGGACGGGUCGAAAGAGUAUGAGGUGGAGGGUGAACCGCUGGUGUUGCGGUUUGAAAAGUUGUUUCGACGGCCUAUGGUUUUGGGGUUUGGUGAGGGUGAGGAAGAGGAGGGGGGUUGGACGAAGAGGGAUGUGGUUCUGGGGGAGAGGGAGUUGAGGGGGUUUGCGGAGGGGGUGUGGGGGAAUGUCUAG